AAUGGUGUACAAUCCACCAAAGAUGAAAGGGACGAUGAAGGCGAGCUCCUCUGUUUGAAGGUUAAAGCCGUCCUGGAGGAAAUGUUCUCCGACAGUUACCUCGCAAGUGAUGGAUUUUUGCUCAAACACGUGCAGAAGAACAAGAACGGUUACGUUAGCCUGAAGCUUCUUACCUGUUUGAAAAAGAUAAAGGCCCUGACCACAAACUGGUACAUGACUCUGGUAGCAGCAGAGUGUUCAGACCUUCUGGAGGUGAAUGACGAGUGCACCAAAGUGAGGCGCAAAGAGCCACUCCCCAAUUGGCUGCUGUGCUCCCCGACGACCAGGCUUCUUCUGGUCUGGGAUCCUUCCGAGGAGCAGAGCAGAAAAGACAUGGCAACACAAGACCCAGAGUGCCCUUCCCUCUUGUUCAGGGUCCUCCAGGACUUGGGCACUUCCAGCAGUUUUACGUCAGUCAGCAUCCUGAAGCCUGGGGAGGAACUUCCCAAAGACCUACAAUGCUACACCAAACGCCACAAAGAGCUGGGCCAGCAUAUGUGUGCGGUGGUGAAGUUUGGAAGUCUGGAGGCAGUUCGUUCGGCUUACAACGUCAUGAAAGCCAAAGAGGAGAGUUUAGAUGGGAAAGGCUUGUGUGUGGUGCCUUUGGGGUGCCAGUCAAUCCAUAAUAUCACCAAGCGUGAACAAUCAGAAGAGAAAACCGUGGAUCAGCCUAUGGAAGACACAUUCUCUGAAGAAAAUCUAUUCCCUAUCUCAGAGGAAAUGGUCCAAGUGGAUCGUCCCUCAACUGUUAGGGUUUCCAUGAAAGCCCCAGGAACAAUUUGGCCUCAAGUCCGAUUGGAAAACUCCUCACACGGGCUUUUCCAUGACAUGUUCAACAGCCUCAAUCACCAGCCCUAUGGUGGACUGCCUCACAGGUACAGCAGGACUACUCUGUGCUCAGGAGACUUCAAUAAAGAGAGCUCUCCCAGCCCGUGGGUGCUCAGGCGCAAAUCUGCAGCCAGUUCGGUCAACCCAAAGAUGGCCACGCAGCUGAAAGCACCCUGCAGAUCACAAAGAGUACUACGCCAACCCUUUGGCCCUGUUGACAUCAAGGGCUUUUAUGGUAGACAGAAGAAAUCCUAA